AACAUGAGCCGCUAGCCAAGUUGAACUCAAGCAGCAGGUUUGCUGGUGGAUUAACGUGAGAAAAUUCAAAAGAAAGAUUCACGCAACUGCAAGCGUCUUCAAUCAUGGUAAGGCAGCCGAGAAGGACCAAUCUUACCGUCUUUACAUCAUUUUAAGGUGUUCUCGGCAAAGUUAAGUAUUUAUAUUCCAUAAUGACUGCAAAUAAAAACUGACACAUGCCCCCUCUUGUAUGUGCAGCGCAUUAAAUAAUAUUUUGUCUUUUUUAACUACAAGUUAAGUGUGGGAAAAUGCCCCGUUUUUCUAAAUUGAACUGGCUGAUUUCUUAUGAAAACACUUAAACUAAAAACAACAACUGUAUGCAUCUGUCUCAUCUGCAGGAGGACAUAAGCACCGUGAUGUCCUGGUUCUCCAGCCCCGUGUACAGCCGCUACUGGCAGCACUACCAGCAGGCGAUGGCCUGGAACCAGAGACACAGGCGAGCCUACGCUAAAGCCAUGGAGGCGGGCCGCGGCCACACAUACGGCCCGGAGCAGAGUGGCGGCAGCCAGCGGCAGCGCUACGCGGACUGGAACGCAAGGGAGGAGGAGGAUGACGAAGACGGAGAGGACGAGGAGAGCAGCUCGGACAGUGAGAUCGAGUGUGACAUCAGCAACAUGGAGAUCAGCGAGGAGCUUCGACAGUACUUCGCCCAGACCGAGAAACACAAAGAGGAGCUGAAGAAGCAGCAGCAGUUGGAGGCCGAGCUGCACGGCAGCUACGUGCCGGCCGACCAGGACCUUCGCGGCGUCUCCUGGCAAAGCAGCGCGACGGCUCCUCCCUCGGACCGACCCGGCGAGCGGCGCGGGGCGGAGAUGAAGAAGCUGUAUGGCAAAGACGCGGCCAAGAUCCUGGCCAUGGAGGCGGCCAUGCAGCUCAAUUUCGACAGGAAGUGCGACCUCAAGCAGCCCAAGUACUGGCCCGUCAUCCCACUGAAACUUUGAGCGGCUGCAAACCGGCUGUUUUGGGGAGGAAAGCCCUCCUCUGAUCUCCCGGUGUCACCGCAGCUUCGACGCCUCAUGGAUUGUGGCUGAUGUAGAACUAAUGUUGUGGGUUAGCUGAGGGUUACAAGUUAUUUUAAGCGCGUGGGGAAAAAAGUUGCACAAAUUAGCUGAGCUGAGCUCGGCCAGUCGCGAGUGAGAUCUUUGAUGCUACCCACAGUGCCGAGACACUGCGUCGUCCUUCCAGCAUCGUUUGGGCGAAAGAAUAAAAAAGGAGUGUCGACGGAGGUCGAGAGGUGCAGAACCUUCUGUUUUCCCUCUCGCUCGGCGAUGUCACGGCCUGCAGGAGCUCCUCUGAUGUCGACUCAGUUCAACCACAAAAACAUGUUCGGCCCUCUUCCUCCUCUGUUCCAGUGGAGGAGCGUUCCCGCAUGCCGGCGGCUGAUAUUCCACUUUGAUGAUUCUCUUUUAUCUCGUGUUUCACCCCCCCCCCCCCCCUCUCCUCCUUUUUUAAGACUGAAGGAUGUAUAUUUUAAUAUUAAUUCUGUUGACAAUAAAGUGUUUUCUUGUUGGAUUCAAACUGCGGUGUCAGUGGCGAUGUCUUAUUGUUCCUCUUUUUGUGAUCAGUCUGGCUCUUGAUUCAUAUUAAUACCACUUUUAGGCAUUUAAGCUGCAUUUCUACACUCAAAGUGUUGUGUUUUUAUUAAAUUAGCUUGCACUUGAUUAAAGCAGUGGAGAUGGAGGCUGA